ACUCAUGUGUGACCUCAGAGGAACUCUCCAGAUGUUAUAUAAUCAUUCACUAAGGCGACAACGGUCAGAGUGUAUUAGGUACUGCAUGCAGGGAGUGCUAUACGGUCAUGUCAGUGGGAGCUCAGCUUCAGCUCAGCAUGUUGUCGUUUUUCUGGAGAAACGGAGUGGAGACGCCUGAGCCGCUUAAAGCAGACGUGACAGGCUCCAUCCCACCAUGGCUUCAGGGGACACUAUUGCGAAAUGGUCCUGGUCUGUUCUCAGUUGGUAACACUUCAUACAAGCACUGGUUUGAUGGAAUGGCACUUAUCCACAGUUUCACGUUUAAAGAUGGGGAUGUAUUUUACAGAAGUAAAUUCUUGAAGAGUGAAACGUACAAAAAGAAUAUAGCUGCUAAUAGAAUAGUUGUGUCUGAAUUCGGAACCAUGGUUUAUCCAGAUCCCUGCAAGAAUAUAUUCUCCAAAGCCUUCAGUUACUUGAUGAAUGCCAUUCCGGAUUUCACAGAUAAUAAUCUUGUUAACAUAAUAAGAUAUGGUGAAGAUUAUUACACAUCAUCAGAAGUGAACUACAUUAACCAAAUUGACCCAAUGACACUUGAAACAUUAGGAAGAACUAAUUACAGAAACCACAUCGCCAUCAAUUUGGCAACCGCACACCCUCAUUACGAUGAAGAAGGGAACACAUACAACAUGGGCACUGCCAUCAUGAAUUUCGGCAAACCCAAAUAUGUUAUUUUCAAGGUGCCUGCCAAUGCCACAGAUAAAGAGAAGAAGAAGAAGCCAGCCCUCAGGAAGAUGGAACAAAUUUGCUCCAUUCCUUUCCGCUCCACCAUGUAUCCGAGCUACUUCCACAGCUUUGGCAUGACAGAGAACUACAUUAUCUUUGUGGAGCAAGCCUUCAAGUUGGAUAUCCUCAAACUGGCCACAGCUUACUUCAGAGAUGUUAACUGGGGCAGCUGCCUGAAAUUUGACAAAGAUGACAUUACACUGAUCCAUCUGGUCAAUAAGAAGACUGGGAAAACUGUGAGCACAAAGUACUACGCAGACCCAUUUGUGAUCUUCCAUCACAUCAAUGCUUAUGAGGAAGAUGGCCAUGUUGUCUUUGACUUGAUCACAUACCAGGACAGCAAUCUGUACGAUAUGUUCUACAUACACAACAUGAAGCAAGAUGUUGACAAGUUUAUAGAGAACAACAAGGACUUCUCUCGACCAACGUGCCAACGGUUUGUCCUUCCUCUGAAUGUAAACAAGGAAACUCCACCAGACACCAACCUGGUAAAGUUGCAGGACACAACAGCCACAGCAGUGCUGAAGCAGGACGGCUCCAUCUACUGCACCCCUGACACUAUUUUUGAGGGUUUAGAAUUACCAGGGAUCAACUACAAAUUCAACAGUAAGAAGUACAGGUACUUCUAUGGCACCAGAGUGGAGUGGUCACCAUAUCCAAGCAAGAUUGCAAAAGUAGACAUAGCUGCCAGGACACAUCAGGUGUGGAUCGAGGAGGAAUGUUACCCCUCUGAGCCAGUAUUUGUAGCAUCUCCAGACGCUGUUGAAGAAGAUGAUGGUGUUAUCCUGUCUUCCGUGGUUUCAUUCAAUCCCCAAAAGCCUCCUUUCUUGGUGGUCCUGGAUGCUAAGUCAUUUAAAGAAAUUGCUCGCGCUACCAUUGAUACUGCUAUUCAUAUGGACCUGCAUGGGCUUUUCAUCCAUGAUAAGUCUACCUAAAAUGGACAUCAAAAAUAAUCCAACAACAACCCAUUUUUAGGUUGUAGGAUUUACAAAAUAAUUCUUAUUUGUUAAUUUUUUGUAAAGAUAUAUAUGUAAGAAAUAUAAGAUGAGAACUCAGUAUAUUUCUUCAUAAUCCAAUGCAAACAUUGUUGAUCAAAAUUAGUCUUUCAUAAUUGCUUAGAAUUAUAAUUGUAUUAUAUUUGUACAGACAUUCUGUAAAAGAAGGCUAUUCUUAUAUAUUAACACGAUUAUAUAAAAUGAUCUCUCCUAAAUUGUUUGUGACAAUUCAGUGGGUUUUAAAUAGAAAAAUAUACACUAGUUUAAAGCUGUAUAAAUUGUAAUUUAUUGUUCAUAAUCUGGUGUCAUAUAUUAUGAAUAAACAAUAUCCAGGGCUAGACAAAAUAACAAUAUAAUCCAAGAUACAGGCAAAAGGAUAAUCCACAAACAGGUGACGGUUAGGGCAGGCAGCAAACAAUCCCAGGAACAAACACAUGCAAGGCAGAAAACAUGAAGAAUACAUUAGGUUAAACAACAUCCAGCAAUGUAAGUGUGUGUGCAUCUUAUAUAGUGUGAGAUUGAGGAGGUAAUGAGAUACAGGUGACUGCAAUAGGUGAUGAGUCUGGGCAAAGGAUUAUUGGGAAUGUAGUCUGUGAGAAAGUGAGAACAGUCUGGAGGAGAGCGCCAAUAGCCAGGGAAGGAGUGCCAUCUAAUGGAGCUCACUCCAGCUGGUGAUCAGAUAUACUGAGCUUCUGCCUGAAAUAAAUAUACUCUGAGUAAACUGAAAAUUCACCAAUGACCACCAACUACACUGUAAAAAAUUGUAAAUAAAACAAAGAUCAUUGGAAUAUGUUUUAUGAGAACUAUUACUAUUACAAUACUAUUUUAGUAUUUCUACUUCAAAAUUUCCCAUUCGCUUCAAUGUGUUGCUUGCCAUUUCUUUGUAAUAAUUUAGGAAAUUUACUAACAAUUUCUGAGUGACCAUGUUUCUACACCAAUUAUUUUAUAUUUCUAUUUGAAUAGAUAAUAUAAUAUUCUAAUUCUAUUUGAUCUAUUUGUUUUCAUUUUAUAUUUUAAAAAAGCCCUCUUACACUUGCACUGUCUAUUUGUUUUCUAACUGCUUGUUUUCUUAAAGAAAAGGCCUCUAACACUAGCCUUCUCUAUUCUUUUUCUAUUCCAUCUUCUUGUUUUCUUUUUAU